CGUUCACCGGUAUCGUCGAUAACUCGUCGAGUAGUUUGAGCCAUUUUUGUAUAGAUGGCGCUGCUGUCGAAGACAGGAGUACACCCUCCUACCUGUUCGACGUCCGAAGACAGACUGACGAGUUUCAGCGCGAAGCAGCUAAUUUAUAAGUCGAAUUUCCGCUUCAUCGCCGCGCAUGCGUACAAGAUAAAUUUAAUCCAGUGUUUGUGAUUUUAAACAAAGGUACCUACUCAGCAAUAAACCGGAAAUGGAGGACAAAGAUGCGCUACUGAUACCGGGUCAACUGAUUCGGCCUCCAACUAGCAAACAAAUAGCAUCUGAUCUUUUGGAACAGCAUUACGGGUUAAAGGCAUUAAAUGUAACCGAGUUGAAUGCGUAUGACGAUAGAAACUAUCACGUAAUUUGUCAGGAGUCUCACAGGAAUCCCCAUAUAAACGCUAUCAGCACGCACGGUUACGUUCUGAAGAUCGUCAACUCUUUGGACUCACAGAAAGGUCACGUGAUAGAGGCACAGACUGAGAUGUUGAUCUACCUGAAUCAGCAAAAUAUUCAUUGUCCUUUACCAAUUAAAAAUCUGAACGGUUCUUACUAUUCCCUGGUAAAGCUGAACGUUGAUGGUUGCAGAGAUAGUUACGCCAUCAGAUUACUCAUCUAUAGACCUGGUGAACUGUUACAUCGGGUGCCGAUUACCAGCGAAUUGCUUCGAAACGUUGGUAGUUUUAUAGCCAGGUUGGACAACGUUCUGAUGGGCUUCUCCCAUCCUGCCUACAAUGACCAUAAGACGUUGUGGAUGUUGAACUCGGUACCAAAACUGCGACAGUUCACUUACGCUCUGAAAGAUACAUUUGAAAGCGACUUGGCGCACCAGGUGAUAUCUGCUUUCGAGAAAGACAUUCUCCAGGUGACUUCGCAACUCGAACAGGGAAUAAUACACGGCGACCUGAACGAGCAGAACGUCGUGAUGAGUUCGAAUGGCAAAGAGAUAGCUGCAGUGAUCGAUUUCGGGGAUUCCCAUCGGACUUGUUUGAUCUUCGAGCUAGCUAUUACCUUGUGUUACAUGAUUUUGCAGGCUGGCGAUGUGGCGAUGGGUAAACACGUCGUGGAAGGAUAUCAGGAUGUUAGGAAGCUGACGGAUCUAGAGAAGAAGAUCUUGAAGACCACUGUGUGCGCUAGAAUCUGUCAAAGUUUAGUCAUGGGUGCUUACUCUCACCUUCACGAUCCGCAGAACGAGUACUUGCUCGUCACCCAGAAAUCGGGAUGGUCUUUGCUGAAGAAAUUGUGGCCACUCAGUCAGGAUCAGGUACUUCAAGAUUGGGGAUUGAUGGACUGAAGGAAAUGCGUAGAAAAUUGCGGAAAUUGCAGAAAACUGUUGAAUUUCUGUAGGACGUUCAUUAUUUUCUAUGUCAAUUAUUAUCAGUGCACUUUAAUCCGCAACAACCUAAUUAUUUUAAUAUCUACUGUCAAUUAAUUGCGAAAUAAACGUAAAUCGUAGAUGAA